AUGGCACAAAGCCACGCUCAUAUUAUAGAUCUCACAGAGAAGGGUGUUCCUGGUAGAAGCACUAAUUACUCUUGUUCCGCUUGUAAAGAGAAUGCUAUUUCCAUAUAUUCUUCGAACGAAGAUAAAUACACUAAGGUCACUCAUACUCCUGGAGGCUUUGUUGGAAGACUAAAGAAUGAUCAUCAAGAUAUUUCUGGAAUUAGCAUCACUGGACAUAUAAACACUGUUACUGUUUACUGGUAUCCUCUGACAGGUGGCAGUCCACUACUCAUUUACUUUUCAUUGGAUAGUGCAUGGAUCAAGAGAGUUUCAAAAGCAAGUAAUGAAUGGACUCCAGCAGUUGAAGAUGAAUUAAAUAGUGAGGAUGACCCUAAGAUUUUGGAACUUCUUAAGAAAAUAAAUGGAAAUAGUGAAGGACCUUCUGCAGGAGAUAUAGCAGGUUAUGUAGCAGAGGGCCUCACCAGUGGAGGCGUUGGAACUGAAGCGUAUAACUUCUUCUUCAACCCAAAUAGAAGUGCUACAAGACAGAUAAUUAGAUUGUUAACGAGGUUAAUUUAA